AUGGCGGCGUACGACGUCGUUCUCCCUCCUGGGGGCAUCGUCUAUGGAGAAGAUGCAAGCUGGAGGGUCCUUAGGCCUCGCAAGGUCAUUGCAUUGAUCUCUCCUGAAGAUGGGUAUGCGGAAGACAGUGGCGGCGAGGACUUCUGGAGCGUGUAUGAUGAAAAGUAUUAUAAGUUGGAUUUAUGUGGCAAAAGUGAGAAAGAAGGAAGUUUUUCGAUUAAGCUAAAUAUGAAUAAAACAGGCUUUUACCAUGUGAAGUAUGAUAGAGAACUUUCAGCAAAACUUCAAAAUGCGUUAGAGGCCAACAUGUUCUCUUCAAUGGAAAAAAUUGGCAUAUUAGAGAACGCGCGCAUGCUUUCCAUGGCCCGAAAAGACUCACUUGCAUCACUGCUAUAUAUAUUGUAUGCUUGUCGGAAAGAAGCCAGCUACAGUGUGCUAACACACAUAGAUGGGAUAACUUCAACUAUUGCCCAAAUAUUUACUGAUGCUAUGCCUAAAUUGGUUGGUGAUAUAAAACAACUGUUCAUCAAAGUUCUUAUAGCACCUGCUGAAAAGUUAGGUUGGGACCCAAUUAAUGGUGAGGCUGACCAGGAUGUAAGUCUAAGAUAUAUUCUAUUGGUUGAUCUUGUCAAACUUGGACACGAUAAGACUAUUAAUGAAGGUGUUAGGCGUUUCAACAUCUUCACUCGUGAUCACAACACUUCAAUACUUUCUCCGGAUAUUAGAACGGUUGCAUACCUCUCCAUGAUGCAAACGGCUAGUAGUACAAAUAGAUCUGGUUAUGAUGAUCUUAGAAGAUUCUAUAGAGACUCAGCUGAUAGGGAGGAAAAGUUGCGUAUCUUAGGUGUAUUAUCUUAUUGCUCGGAUAAGGAUAUUGUUCUGGAGUCACUGGAUUUAAUUUUCACCAAUGAGGUCCCUAAUAAGGAUGCAAUUCAUCUUCUUGAAUUUAUCAGUAUAGAUACACGUGAAGCUGCUUGGAGCUGGUUGAAGUGGGAUUUUUUACCAACUGAAAUAAGCUUGUAG